GAUUUUCUAUUAGAGUUAUCGUAAAUUUUCGCUGUCUAAUAACAUUAGGUUCUGUCAGGAAUAUUAUCAUUCAGACUGAUAAACAUCCGCUUUGCUUAGCUUAGAGCAAAGUUGAAUUUUGUGGGCCAACUUGAAAUGUGAGAAACUCGCGGUGAUUGAGCUGAAAAUUCGAUAAAAAUGCAUAAUUUAAAGAAAAACCAAAUGAUCACCAAAUCGACUUAUCAUUUUAAAAUUUAAACCCAAUAUCUGUUAAUUUUCUUGGGUUUAAACAUUAGAAUUAAAUCCAAUUCAUCUGCGAACACCAGCAAAUUGAGUAUGAAAUUUUGGCUAAGUCAGCUUUUCCAGUGCCUCAGGCUUAAGGCUGACUAAAGUGCCUGGUAAUCCGAUUUAUGGCAAAGACUGAGAUUAAGCAGCAAGUGCGUGAAGGCUAUUACUCCCAACACUUUGCACUCAAUUUGCAUCAGCGAAAGUUUCUCCCAAUUGACACGUAUUUUUUAUCAUAUUCAAAACACUUCUGACCACUUUACCGCCUUUUUUCCCUCAUCUUUCAUCAGCCAGAUGUUUGCUCUUGGCAAGCAGAUGGUCCACACGCAUUAGAUGCAAUUUCUCUUUUUGUCACCUUCUCGCAAACCGCCCAAAAAGGUCGGACGUGAGGCGGAAAGCGCGCGACGCAUGACCUCGCGACCUCGUCGCUGAAAGUGGACGCCCAAAGGUCCAGUUGCGUCAAUAGAGAGUCUAAUGUGCGACCCACAUGGGGGAAUUAUCUCCCAAAAAUCGUGUUCAUGAUGAAUUGUGGAAGAUAGUUUGAAUAAUAAUGAGAGGAAGUGGAUUGAUAGCAGACUCAUAUCAUAAAGGCAGUGUUUUGCAAUUUGAGGGAUCGUUGAAUGCGAUACAGUGACUGCCGAUGAUAAUAAAGCAGCUUUUAUCGUGGCUUCUCAUUUGAGACUUUGUAUUAAUGGAUAAUUUAACCUUUGAACUUGCAGUCAAAAGGGUGUCUCCUUGAGGACUGAAGAAAACACACUGAAAACUCGAAAGAUAUCAUGAAUUAAAUCCUCUCAAGCCAAAGAAAAUCAUUGAAAGUAAUAAAAAAAAAGUCCAAAAUUGGCUGAUGAAUUACAAAAACAAGAUUUAGAUUUGACAAAGUGCAUUUUAUGGCCUUAAGAGAGCCCUAAUUGAGUCUCAAAUUUGUUACAAUUUCCUAAAUUAUGACGAUUUUGUGUUUUGUGCUUUGCUUCCUUGGCAGAAGUUGUAGAAAUUCAAAAGAAUAUAUUUCAAUAGUUUCAAUGGCUCAGAACACUAAACCCGGUUUACUGGUUGAACUCAGAGGAAAGCUCUCCAUUUGAGAGAAAAACAUAAAUCCUCCUUGGUCGCGUCGGUGAAACUUUUUUUACCCAUCUUCACACACCCGCCUUUUGAGACACGCUCUUGAGGGCGCCCCCCGUGAUGUUUACACCACGAUUUUUGGUGGGGGCGCCACAGCAUAAAAGCACCAUUCAGUGUCGCCUCGGACCACAGUAUCCGUCAUGUUGAUAAAGUGUGCACUAGUGGCUUGCCUGGCAGCGCUCGCGGCGGCGCGCCCUGAGGCUGGAUAUGCCUACAACGCGCCCUCUGGUGGUUCCUUCGGGUCCGCGGGAUCCUCGGCAGGAUUCGCUGGCAGCGCCCUCGGCGGCGGUGGUGGUCUUGGUGGCUUUGGAGCCUCAGCGGGCAACGCCUUCCUGGGCGCUUCCACAGGCGGUCAUGGCUUCGGUGGAGCCUCUCACGGUGGUGGCUUUGGGGGAGCCUCUCACGGCGGUGGUGGAUUUGGUGGAGCUGCGCACGGCGGUGGCUUCGGCGGAGCCACGACUCUCGUGCAGAAGCACAUCUACGUUCACGUGCCGCCACCAGAGCCCGAGGAGCACUUCCACCAGCACGCCAUUGGCGGCGGUGGUGUCGCCCAGAAGCACUACAAGAUCAUUUUCAUUAAGGCUCCAUCUCCGCCGUCGUACUCGCCGGCCCAAAUUGCCGCGGCAGCACAGAAUAGCGAAAAGACCAUUGUUUACGUGUUGGUGAAGCGUCCCGAUGCCCCUGAGGACAUCGUUGUGCCAACUUCCGCCCCUGUGCCACCCUCGAAGCCCGAGGUCUACUUCAUUCGCUACAAGACUCAACGAGAUGCCGUUGCAGGCCCGGCGCCAAGUCAUCCGGCGCCUUCUCUGCCAGCACCCUCACUGCCGGCGCCCUCUUUGCCAGCACCCUCGCUGCCAAGUCUCCCCCAGACUUCCGCCGCGUCGUUCGCACGACCGGCGCAGCAAUACGGACCCCCGGCUGGCCCCCAAGGUGGCCCUUACUAGAUCAAUUGUGCCGCCGCGGCGAAGAGAGAGCGCCGCGGUGGCAAACCUAGCCAAUAAAUGUAUAGUGAUUUAUGACGGUGAUAAAAUCUGUGGUGUUUUAUUCCUUGGUAACACUAAUCUUGCCCAAUCAUGGAUCUGGGUUGAGGAUCUCCCAUUAAUUCUGCAAACAAGACAGUGAAAGAAGUGAUUCGCACAAGAUUGGGUUAACGGUGAUUUGUGUUGCGUCUGUAUUUGCAAAAAGAAAAAAAAAAUCUGUAAAAAUGAAGAAAUAUUUGUUUGUAUGAAUAAGACAAAAAAACCUAUCGCGAGGCAAGUGAAAACGUGAUCUGAUGCAAGUGUUAUGUACUAGGCAGUUGUAGGCUAACUUUGGCUCUUUCUAAAGCGCAAUUACUCUUGCAAAUCUCUAAAAAAAACGCGAAUAUGAAUAUAUUCUGUAAUAAACCGGCCAUUACCAUCAUCUGGUGACCGUUUAGCAAUGUUUGCAUGUUCUAGGGAAUUGUAGGAUGUAAAAUGACCUUUCAAAAUUUGUGCUGCUUUUGGCAAUUGAACGAGAACUUUGAAUGAUAUGGACAGAAAUAACAUUAAUCCGCCAAUCACUGACAGUGGGCUCGCAAUCCUAGAUUUUUUCUUCUGUGUCUCAAGCACACCUCAGCUGUCUUCGACUCUGAGACGAUAACAAUAGAUUUAAAAAAAAUGGUGAGGUUUAAUGAAGAAAAAAACAACAGUGAAAGUUGUGAUAUUUAAACAGCUGAAGCCACGACAUUUAAAUGCACAGUGUUAAAGGAUUAAUUGAGAAGUGUGUAAAGGGUAUGAGUCACUCUGUCUUUUGCAGUGAUAGACGCAAAAAAAAUCAUUUAAAAAAGUGAAAU